AGACAGAAAGAUGUCAGAUUCAAAGUAAAUAGUGCAUGUAAUUAUUGUUUAAUUUAAUUUGCCGUUACUUUAAACUAAAUUUACCAGAUCUGUUAAUAGUAUAGUAUCUGCCUUUUUUUCUAAAAUUAAAGCUACAUCUAAUUCUUUAAAUAAAUAAGAUUUAAAAUGUCGAGAGUUUUGGAAGCACUUAUUAAGGCUUCGGAAAAAGCUGCUUGCAUUGCCCGAUCCUGUACUGAAUCUACUGGGGAUACAUUACUGGUCGCAGAAAAAGGCGAAAAUGAUGCUAACGUCCGCUUUGAACGAGAUUUUAAAACAAUUGCAGAUGUCUUGGCCCAGGAAUGUGCUAAAGUUGAAAUAGCCUCAUAUUUACCUGGGCUUGGGGAAUAUGUAAGAGGUGAAGAAUGUAAUGAAAUUAAUGGAGUUACUAUCAGUAUUCAGGAGUCCGAAGAAGAGACGGCCAAGUUACUGAGUUCUUUAAUACCAAUGUCAACUGCAAAACGAAUGUCCAAAGCUGUUCAUGAUGAAAUUAACUACACUGUAUGUAACGAUUUACCUGAAAUACCUACAUUAGAUACAGAUAGUUUAGGAGUAUGGAUUGAUCCAAUAGAUGCUACAGCUGAGUUCAUAGCUGGAGUACGCGGAGAGGCAGACCCUAGCCAUGGCCUUCCUUGUGUCACAGUUUUAAUUGGAGCUUAUUUGAGAUCAUCAGGUGAACCGGUUGUUGGUGUCAUCAAUCAGCCCUUUUAUAAUGGUGGGAAAGGCAGAAUAAUUUGGGGAGUUAAUUAUGGAGGUGUCAAGAAAUGUUACAUUGGUGACAAAGAAGUUGCCUCCGAACAUAACACUAUACUAAUAAGUGGAGCAGAAAAACCAGAUAUUAUAGAAAAAAUUAAUAACUCUGGAUUUGAAGUGGUUUCUGUUCCAGGUGCAGGUCAUAAAUUAUUAAAAAUCGCUUUAGGUGAAGCAGCGGGAUACAUUGUUUCAAAAGGGACAACUUUCCGUUGGGAUACCUGUGGACCACACGCAAUAUUAAAUGCAAAAGGUGGAGGACUUAUCAGUUAUACCACCCACCAACAAAUAACAUACAAUGAUGAUACUGAUCUUGAUUCAAAGGAAUAUUGCAACUCGCAAGGAAUUAUUGCAUAUGCUAAUAAUGAUACUCUACAAAAGAUACUGAAUGUUCUCAGUUAAGUAAUUAUUGCAGUGACUGUUUAAUUGAAACUUUAAAAAAAUCCAUUUUUAUAUGCACC